CAUUAACCGUAGCUGUUUCUCAUUCUCAAAUAUAUACAGAAACGGCCGCGCGGUCGCGAAGUUUGGGUGUUUUGGACGAACAGUUUUGUUAUGGUUAUUGACCGACCUUAUUCGGUUUCACUUUGAACCUUUGAACGAUUCGAGCUCGCUGUGCAAAUAAUUCAAGUGAAACGGGUGCCAGUAGUGCUGUCGCAAUAUGGAUUGACAAGGAUCCCGGGAAGUGAAGUGAAGAUCUGUCUGAUUAAUCCGGACAAUCGUGCUGGUUGUCUAUGUAUGUUGAACAGUUUCCGGACUAAUAAUCAAGCGAUCGAGUUGCGUCAUCCGCGAUUAUCAUAAUGUACAAUCGCGGCAAUCGCUCAAGAAAACAACAACCAGUUAAUCCCCGACAAAAACUGCAUCGGAGAAGCCUCGAUGAAUCUUAAGUCCAAAGCACGAUCCCUACGCUACGCCACACCGCCACAACAAAAGAAGAAAAGUGCACUCGAGUGGAAAUCCCUGCGGCCAUUCCACACACUGACUUGACUGAUUGUGGUGAAGUGAAGUGCCUUCGCAACGAACGCGUAACAAUCGAACCCCAAGCCGAAUUCCACGCGCUCGGUCAGCGUAUUUCACGUCGCGUCGUCGCGCUCUCAGACGUCUACACCGACUUAUCUCUCUCCGGUUUGGAACUGUGGUACUGUGAGUGUCUCGUUCGUACGCGCCUCCUGAUCCAAACAAUAAUGAUGACUUUGGUGGCUCACUCAUCGUUGAUAGUGCCUCUGUUCCGUGCACAACGACGACGAUGAUGAUGAUGAUGACGAUUUGAGGAGCGCACCGCGCCAAAAUCAACUCAGCAGACAGCGGUGGAGACCUGCCGCGGUAACCGCGUGAAGAAUUUCGCGAGUUCUGCGUCAGCGUUCGGCGCGAGCGGUUGUCAAGGCUCGCAGCGCAGCACUUAGGCACCUAAGUAGUGUUGUGCAUUCGUGAUCAGUCCAUUUCGCGAUCGAUUGGUUUCUGUUACCUUGGGGGAGUCCCAUCCCCACUCAACGGCCUCAGCAUCUCUCAGUGCGCGCUGCUCCAGAAGGAUUCCUGCAGUCUAGAACAGACGGUCGGCAGAAGUCUCGGCUGGAGGGAGCUUUGGCGACGUUCUUAGAUCGUUCUUGACACUCGUCGCGAUCGGACGCUCGGUCACGGAAGUGCAGUGCAGUGUGGUGCGAAUUUGAUAAAAGUGAAAGAAGGACACAAAUCGGUUGGUGGAUUAAAAGUUGGACAGAGAGUUGAAGUUCGGGCAGUUUGAAGGACGUCUAGUUCUCGUUUUUUUUUCCUGGACAGCUGGUCCUUGAGGAUCUGGACGCCGAUUCUGCAGCACGAUGGCGGUCGAUCAUACACUAGAAGAGCUGAUGGGGAUGUUGGGCGAUUUCGGUCGUUACCAGGCAUUCCAAUUUGUGCUACAUCUGCUAGCCGCCAUCACGGCUGGACUGCACAUGCUGUCCCUGGUCACGGUAGCAGCCGUCCCGGAACAUCGAUGCUUCAUCGAAGGCGUCGAUUCAGCGUCGUUCAACACCACCAGCUCGAUGCUGGACUACAACGCAUUGGGCGAAUACAUUCCCAUGAACAAGGACGGCGAGCUGGAGUCCUGCUGGAUGUUCGACGGAUCCAACCGGACCACAUGUACUUCCUACGUGUACAACACCACCUACUACAAAUCGUCCCGGACGAUGGAAUGGGAUCUGGUGUGCGAUCGCAAGUGGAUGGGAGCGCUGGCUCAGACCGUUUACAUGCUGGGAGUGUUCACCGGGGCUGUCUGGCUGGGAGGCCUGGCUGACAAAGUCGGCCGCAAGAAGGUUUUCUGCUGGUCGGGUCUAUUGCAGCUGAUUCUGGGUGUGGCGGUUGCCUUCACUCCUGAGUACUAUUCGUUCUUGGUGAUCCGGUAUCUCUAUGGAAUCUUCGGUAGCGCUGGUAGCUACAUCACCGGAUUCGUACUUACGAUGGAACUGGUCGGCCCAAGUAAACGAACACCCUGCGGAAUCUCGUUCCAGGCGGCAUUCGCCGGAGGAAUCAUCCUGGUGGCGGCAUGGGGUGCCAUUAUCCACGAUCGAAUGCUACUGCAAGUGAUCUACGGACUCCACGGAGUGCUGCUCAUCGCUCACUGGUGGGUCAUGGAUGAAUCUCCCCGAUGGCUGUGGAUGCAGAAUCGCAAACGGGAGGCCAUUGACAUCAUUGCCAAGGCUGUUCGUAUGAACGGUCGAGGUCUCACCGUUGACAAGGAGUACUAUCUCUCCAAGGACAAGGCUAACUUCGCUGCAGAAUCCACAUCGACAACUUCAGCUGGCCUCACCGACCUCUUCAAAACCCCGAACCUGCGCAAAAUGACUCUGAACGUUUGCCUGUGCUGGUUCGCCAACUCCAUCACCUAUUACGGACUAUCGCUGAGCUCCGGGAAUCUCGGAGGAAAUCCAUUCCUCAUUCUCUUCCUGAUGGCGUUAGUCGAGAUGCCCAGCUACAUCACCAUCACCUUCCUUCUGGACAAACUUGGCCGUCGAUCCAUCACCAGCACUCUCAUGUUGGCCGGUGGUAUCUGCUGUAUUGUUGCCACCUACCUCACCAAGGGUAGCAUCGAGUCCACCACCGUCGUCAUGUUUGGCAAGUUGUUCAUCGCCGGUUCUUUCGCCGUCAUCUACAACUACUCGGCCGAGCUGUUCCCAACCGUGGUCCGCAACUCCGCCAUGGGUCUCGGGUCGAUGUGCGCUCGUCUCGCCGGAGCUUCCACUCCCAUUAUCAUCCUGUUCCAAACGUUUGACCCGAAAAUCCCGGCCGUCAUCUUCGGAGUAAUCUCCCUUAUCUCCGGUACGUGGGUCCUGUUCCUUCCGGAAACCAACGGUAAAGCGAUGCCACAGAGCUUGCAGGACGGCGAGAACUUCGGACGAGGCGAUACGGCUUUCUCCAGCUGUUUGGGACGUAACAAGACGCACAUGGAGGACAUGCCACCGGCGCAGCAGAUGGUGCCGAUGCAGACGAUUGAGCGGUAGACUGCCCGGGGCGAGGGGAUCAGCGUGAUAACAGAUCAUUAGAAUUAAGGUCAAAAGUGUUCAUCGAGCGAGUAGGUCGACGAACAGUUUAACUGUGUUUUUAAUAAAUUCGAUGAUGUCUUCCAAUGAACAAUUCAAUGAGUGGAAUAGCCAAUCGAUAGGGGUAACGUGGAUGGACGGAUAUUGUCCGCAGAACGAAUGAUGCGGAGUAAUGUAUGGUUUUACAUUUCGUUGUUGAUGUGUAAGCUAAGCGCAAAAACUAAACUUCUAGAGAUAGUCUUGUUAAAAAGAUUAGUUGAAAUAGAUAUAAAUUGUAAGCUAUUAAA